AUGGCAAUGGUUUCCUCAAGAAUAUUGUUCUUCCUCUCUGCCAUUUUGAUGCUCAUUGUUCAUGCCAUGGGGCAGCUGGCAUACUCCCAAUCUUAUAAUUGUAGUAACAGUUAUGGUAACUACACAAGUAACAGUAUCUACGAGACAAACCUCAACCAACUCCUCUCCUCCCUCUACUCCAACACCACAAUUGAUUUUGGGUUCUACAAAUCCUCUUAUGGCCAAAACUCUGACCAAGUAUAUGGGAUUGGACUUUGUAGAGGAGAUGUUACGCCAGAUGACUGUCGUGAGUGCCUCAAGAACUCUUCCAGUCUUCUCACACAGCUCUGUCCCAAUCAAAAGGAGGCAAUAGUGCGGUGCGUCCAUUGUAUGUUACGUUACUCAAACAGCUCCAUUUUUGGAAUCAUGGAAACUAAUCCAGGUUACCAUAUUUUGAACUUGGAAAACGUAUCUGCCAAUUACGUGGCUCAGUUCAAUGAUGAUCUCAAUAUCUUGUUGAAUAACCUAACAAAUGAAGCUGCAGCAGGUGGUUCUCUUCGCAAGUAUGCUGCAGGAAGUGCAAUCGCAACAGACUUUAUGAGAUUAUAUGCACUUGUGCAGUGCACGCCUGAUUUGUCUGAGCAAGACUGCAAUAAUUGCUUACUUGCCGCUAUUGCAUAUGUUCCACAAUGUUGUGCUGGGAAGGUAGGUGGGAGUGUACUUCUACCCAGCUGUAAUAUCAGGUUUCAGGUCUACUCUUUCUUUAACUCUACUGCAGCUCCACCAUCAACCAAUGCCACUACUUCUCCACCAUCAACCAAUACCACUACUUCAAAAGUGAAUGGGAGCAACACCUCCCAAACUGUCAUCAUUAUAGUUGUGGCAUCUGUUGCCUUUGUCGUACUAACCAUCUCCAUCUGCAUCUGCGUCUAUUUAAGAGUGAGGAGGCCAAGGGAGAAAGAAGAAACAAUAACUUGUUCCUUGUGUAAAGAAGUUGAUGAUGAAUUUCGAAGCGUGGAAUCCUUGCAAUUCGACUUUAGCACUAUCAGAGUUGCAACAAAUGACUUUUCUGAAGCAAAUAAGCUUGGACAGGGUGGAUUUGGUGUUGUUUACAAGGGUAUGCUCUAUAAUGGAGAAGAAAUUGCGGCUAAAAGGCUGUCAACAAAUUCUGGACAAGGAGAUCUAGAAUUUACGAAUGAGGUUCUAUUGGUUGCCAAACUUCAACACCGAAAUUUAGUUAGACUCUUAGGGUUUUGCAUGGAAAGAAAUGAAAGACUUUUGAUAUAUGAGUUUGUGCCAAAUACAAGCCUUGAUCACUUCCUUUUUGAUCCUAUCAAUCAUGUACAUUUGAAUUGGGAAAAUCGUUACAAAAUCAUAGGAGGUAUUGCUCGAGGGCUUCUCUACCUUCAUGAAGAUUCGCGACUUCGAAUUAUUCAUCGUGAUCUUAAAGCUAGCAACAUACUUUUAGAUGAAGAAAUGAAUCCCAAGAUUUCAGAUUUUGGCAUGGCAAAAUUGUUUUUAUUGGAUCAAACUCAAGCGAAUACAAGUAGAAUUGUAGGGACCUAUGGAUAUAUGGCUCCGGAAUAUGCAAUGCAUGGACAAUUUUCAGUGAAGUCUGAUGUAUUUAGUUUUGGUGUGUUAGUAUUGGAAAUAGUGAGUGGACAGAGGAACAAUUGUUUUCGAAAUGGAGAGAAUGUGGAAGACCUUCUAAGCUAUGCAUGGAAAAAUUGGAGGGAGGGAACUGCUUCACAUAUUAUAGACCCCACAUUGAGACAUAACCCAAUAACUGAAAUAAUGAGAUGCAUCCACAUUGGUUUACUAUGUAUUCAAGAAAGUGUAACUGAUAGGCCAACCAUGGCUAUGAUUGUUCUUAUGCUUAAUAGCUACUCUAUCACUCCUCCGGUACCAUCACAACCUGCAUUCUUUAUGCACAAAAACAUUGAAUCAGACAUCUCAAAGUCGGAUCAUUCAAAAGGCAGCUAUGUCCAACUCUCAGCAAAUGAGGAUACAAUUACUGAGCUAGAUCCUCGUUAG